AUGGCGCCGACGAUCUAUUCGGCCAAGCUAACCCUUUCCUGUCCACUAUUCGCAGCAGAUUUCGAUCCGCGCGACAAUGGACGUCUACUUGUUGGCGGCGGGGGCGGCGAAGGUCGCAGCGGAGUUGGGAACAAGAUCGCUCUGAUUGAUACUUCAAAUCGCGAAGAGAUCACCGAAGCCGUGGAAAUCAAUCUAUCCCGCGACGAGGAUUCAGUGACGUCGCUCGCGGCGGCGCCUCAGUCUGACGAUGAGUCUCAUUCCCUCAUCGUGCUGGCUGGUAUCAACAGCUCGGUGUCAGACCAGAAGAAAGGCGUCAACCAGCAUAUGCGAUCAUUUCGCUUCGACGCGCCCCAGAAAAAGUUGAAGGGAACAACGGAGUCUGGGCAAGCUGAGGCCUUGUCGCGGGCGUCGAUCUUCCGGUCAAAGGGGCCAGAUUCAGGUGACACAUAUCAACGGGUGAUGAGACUGUCUUCUUGGGACCGCAGAGAUUGUGGAGAGAAGGGUGGGGAUACAAGAGUCGGUGCUAUCGCUACGGGCAUGGCCCAGGCUGGUGAAAUUGUUUUCUUCAAAGUAGGCAAUGGUCCUACUGAGGCGGACGUCAUCGGACGAAUUCAGCUUAAUGGAAGUGAAGAGGCUGAAGAUGUGGACUUUGCCAGUCUGGACAACGAUUCCGAGCACACCAAUGAUGCUAGGGGUAGAUAUCGCGUGGCGUACACCAAUGGAGCGGACGUCAUGGUCGGCGAGAUCUCAUCGUCAACACGGUCUAAUGCGGCUCCUGACGUGCGCCGUGUUUAUACUAUUCCAUUGCCCAGCAGCGGUGCGCGUGCAGCUCGAUCCAAGUUCCGCGCCUUGCGAUUCCUCUCGCCGACCGUCCUCAUUCUGCUUCAGAACGCGCCCAAUCGUGAGGGGAGCGAGCUGGUCAUCAUGCGUCUGCCCGCGACAGCGGCUGGGACGGCGAAGAUUCUCCGUCGUCGGAAACUGGCGCGCAGUGUCCAGAUUGGUCUUGGACUGGAUAUCUGUCCGCUUGGCACGAAUCCUGCUGGCCAGCAGCAAACAAUCAUCGCUGUCAGCGGAAGCGACAACUCCAUUUCCGUCUUGACGCUAGAAUACAGUCCGACUAAGGGCUAUGACAAAAUCCGGCCAUAUACCAUCCUUCGCGAUGUGCAUCCUUUCUCCAUGACAAAGGUUGUGUUUUCUACUUUCAUCCCUCCGGCGCACCCAGUGACUCCGGACGUUCCUCCUCAACAUGUCAAGCUCGCCUCGAUCAGCAUGGGUAACACCAUCGUGGUCCACACUCUCCCCUUAUCUCCGCUUCCUCCUCCCUCGCGCACCCCCCGUUAUGUUCUAUCUCAGACAGGCGCAGUCGAGCUCCGGGACACCGUGUUCUUCAUCGUUGCGCUGAUAUUCUCCCUUUCCAUCGUCACAAGCAUCGCGCUGGCCUUUGCCGAGAUCCGCGGUGCAACGCCUCCAUUCCUCGGUGCCCAGCAAUGGGUACCCGAAUCAUGGCGCGAUACACUUGUCAACGAAUACACUCCGCCCGCACCAGGACAAGGCUCAUACCUGGACUACCUCCUCGCUCCCAGGAACCAGCCAUCCCCCGUGGUCGCACAUGUCCCCGACGAAGAGACCCAAAUUGAAAGGCUCAAAGACAUCCUCGACCGGGUCCAUAAUGCCGGGGCUGCACCGAUCGAUCUCGCCACUCUCACUCCCAAAGACCUCUCGGUCACUCUGCGCUGUGCGAACGGGCAAUCUGCCGAUCAAAGCGUGCUCGUAGAGACCUUGAAAACAUACGAGGGCCGCCACAGCUCAGAUGGCGACGAGAGCAGCCUCCCCGCUCACGGAGAAAAAGAAGAAUGGCGUACAUGGACCGAUCUCAGCGCAGAGGACCAACAUGCCUGGAAGAAAAGACUCACUGAUGCUGGUCGUUGGACCGCUGAUGAAGGCGAGGUUGUUCUAAAGGGUGUUCUCUUCGGGACGGCUUGUGGGUAUUUACGUGAAGCCGUUGAGCAAGGGUUACCUUGA